AGUGACUUUUGGACGAAGAGAAAAAUUUUCGUCGGAUUCGUCAUUCCUCUUUUUUUUGGUUUUGUGUCUUCCUUUUUUUCUGCAAAUAAAGGGCUCAAAUGAGCCACUCCUGUCGGUUUUUCAAUGCAAAAAGCCAUCCUUGUGCAUUUACAUUAAUUCCCCGUACGAGGACUAUGUGCUUUACAUGGGAAUAAAGUGCUAAAAGAGUGAGUGAAAAAAAUUUGUGAGGAAAGUCUGCAAGAGGGACGUGGUGGAGCUGAAACUGAAGACUUUAUCAUUCAGAGCUGUGGGAAUUUUUGGUGUAUUUGUUCCCUCCCCGAUAUUGGCGUUGUGUGUGGAAAAGUGCAACAUUUCGGGCAGCGAGCAUUGAGGGAAAAUGUCGCUGUUCAACAUAUUCGGGAGCAACAAGAAGGGUCAAUCGAAGGAUGGCGCCAGCAAAGGCGGAGCCCUCAACAUUGGAACACCCACAAAUGUCGUUCAUGGGGUGCACGUUAGCAAGAAUCACCUCACGGGGGACCUCGAGGGUCUCCCCAAGCAGUGGCAGAAGGUUCUCAAUGCCCUCAUUACGCAGGAUGAGCAGCAAGAGAACCCAGACGCCGUGUAUCAAGCAUUGAAAUUCUACAAUUAUUCCAUAAAGAAGAAGGACCAAACAGAACCAUUCAAGCCAUUCAUCACGGAGGAGGCUAUUGUGGAGGAAUCAGCUGAAAUUGAUAAGUACAUGAAUAAGAAUGUCCAGCACCCUAGUGCUGAUUCCCUGGGUGGGAAGAGUAGCAGCGAUGAAAGCUACUCAUCCGACACACCACCACCACUCCCGGAGAAACGCCCAAUAACGUCCCUGCCGAAGCCCAAACUCCUUCCCAAGCCAAAAGUAAAAUUACCCGUCCCGGCCAAGAUACACAGUAACUUCGACAACGUCCAGGAUCUUUCGCAAAUUAGCCACAUAGAGCAACCAGAGUCCAAUAUUGACGAUGGGCUCAUCCUCCGGGCAAAGGAUAAGGAUGCCAUGAAACGCAUCCCCAAGACGGAUGAGCAGGUUUACAGUGAACUCCGGAGCAUCUGCAAUCUUAAUGAUCCCACGGAGAGAUAUGAAACGAAAUUAGAGGUUGGCAAAGGAGCUUCCGGUGUGGUUUUCAUUGCAUUGGAUUUGGAGACAGAGCAGAAGGUGGCAAUAAAGACGAUUGAUUUGAAGAGUCAAACAUCGAAAGAGCUCAUUCUCAAUGAGAUUCGUGUGCUUAAGGAUUUCAAUCACAAAAACCUCGUUAAUUUCCUAGAUGCGUACUUUUUGGAACCGGAGAAUCAGCUCUGGGUGGUGCUGGAGUACAUGGAUGGGGGUCCACUUACGGACGUUGUCACGGAGACGGUGAUGAAGGAACGCCAAAUAGCUGCGGUGUGUCGGGAAGUUUUGAAUGCCAUCACUUUCCUACACUCACGUGGGAUCAUUCAUCGAGACAUUAAAUCCGACAACAUCCUCCUUGGUAUGGAUGGGAGUGUUAAAGUGACGGAUUUUGGAUUUUGUGCCAAUAUCGAGGGAGAUGAGAAGCGUCAAACGAUGGUGGGUACACCGUAUUGGAUGGCACCGGAAGUUGUGACGCGUAAGCAGUAUGGGAAGAAGGUGGAUAUCUGGUCGAUUGGUAUAAUGGCAAUUGAGAUGAUUGAAGGGCAGCCGCCGUAUCUCAACUCAGCUCCCCUGAGGGCUCUCUACCUCAUUGCAGCUAAUGGGCGGCCUGAGAUUAAGAGUUGGGAUAAAUUGUCGCAAAAUCUACAGGAUUUCCUGGAUCGUUGUCUCCAAGUUGAGGUAGAUCGACGUGCAUCGGCGGAAGAGCUGCUGCGGCAUCCCUUCCUCGAUGAUUGCAUGGAACUCCGUACGCUCACGCCACUCAUAAAGGCCGCACGACGAAUCCUCAAGAGGGAUUAGUUGUGAUACACGGCAGCAUUUCUUCUCUACAAUACGUCGAACUAUGUAUUGAGUGCCUUUGGAACGAAUCAUUCUUUGUGAAUUUUACUAAAAAAAAAACCAACACCAUGCAUCACGAUUUUUUGUUUCUCUGUCGUCAUUCACUUAAUUUUCCCAAUUUUGUGGGCAAUAAAAUGCAUUUUCCCAAAAGGAAUUUAUUUUGUGAAAUUUGUAAAAAUUUAAUUAGGAGUUUAUUAAAAAUAAAAACUCCCCCAUUUAGGCUGUAAAAUCAAUCAAAAUAAACAUUCAACGAUGACGGGGAAAUUGGAAAAAAUGCUGCAUUGUGUAAUUCGAGAGUAUUUCAGAACAAAUAUCUCCACAUUCCGCACUCUAAUAUUGGUUCUUCCUCCACAAUAUCGCAACACUGAGGGAAAUAUUUUUGAAAUUAAUGUUUUUUGAUAAAAAAAAUUGUCAUACAUAUUAAAAAGAAAAUUAAUUAUACAAAAAAAGUCUUAAAUAUUCAACAAAUUUUGCACAAAUUUCAGUAUUUUGAUAAAAAAUAAAAUUUCGAUGAAUGUGCAGUUUUAUCACAAAGAAAAAAAAAUAGUAAAAAGAAAAAAUUUCACGACAAUUUACUAUGAAAAGCUUAGAAUAUAGAUUUAAAGAGAAAAAAAUGAUUUUAAGAUUUAUCGCAUAAGAUGACUUAUUGAGAAAUGAAAUUAUUGUGUUUUAGAGAUUAAGUGAGAGCUUAGAGCUUCAUUACAUUAUAUACACAAUGAGAUAGUGGCCAGACAAUUGAUUUUUUUCUUUCCCCUUCCCCCUCAUUCUAUAUUGUAUAGUUAAAUAAUUUUUCCUUCCCCACCAAAAGUGAUAUUUUUUCCAAAAAGUGAUUUUUGUGUGAAAAAUAAUUACUUUUUUAUUUUCUUAUUAAAUAAAUUGAAAAAUCAUCGAGUUUUUUCAAAGGUCAGCAAUUUAAAAAGAAAAAUGUAGUGAGAAAGUAUAAAAUAAUAUAAUAAAUAAAAUGCAAUUACACACAGAGAAAAAUAAAUUGAAGGGAAAUUAAGAAGAGAAAAUCCAAAAGUCUGAUAAAAAAGGGUUUACAUGCAAAUUUUUUUGCUCUAAGAAUACAAUUCCAAAUGAAUAUAUUUUGAUAUAAAUGAGGAAUUAUAUACCUUUUUAAUCUUUAUAUACAAUUUUGAGCACAAGAUAAAAUUGUUUUGAGAUGAGAAAAAAACAAUUGAGGACAGAUUUUUUUUUGUAAAUAUAAAAAUUGAUGUGUUAUUUGUAAAUUUUUAAAAUGAAAUUACUUCAAAUAAAUAUUAAAAUGAAA